GUCGCUUUUUACAGCUUACGUCCAUAAAUUGACUUAAAUAACGGCCAUACUAAUAAGGCAGCUAACAGUUCAACCAGACCAUAGCUUCGCAUACAUUUUCAUAUAAUGUCUGCAGUGCAGCAACGAAACGAGCCUACUGCGCUCUACCUACACGCCGAACUUCUCCCUAACAUCCGCCACAUUACUCUCUACGUAUCGCUGCCAGAGGCGAUACGAUCGCAGAAUGUUCGACCAGAGAUCUGUCUAUCCGAUUCGCGCCGUGCCAUUACAGUAUCUCUCCCAUUGCCGUACGACCAUGCCACAGAUACGAUUAAGUUGCCAGCCCGAGUUAAUGAAGCAUCUCGGCUGGCCUUGAGCGUAGCUGGACAGCGAGCUACGGACCCUCGGAACCGUGGGCAUGAUCAGCAGGAAUACUCGUUUAGAAUGCAGAUUGAUGAUGAAGAUGAUUCGUUGCUCUCGAGAGAAGAACAUAUGGAUAGCUUUGUACCGUGGACCGCGACCGACAUGACUUCCUGUUCUAAGCUUCGUUGUCGCCAUUGUAGGAAUAUUGUCCUCGAUUCGUAUGUGCCGUGCGGUUCUGGUGCUGGAGAAAAGGAUAUGCAGGGGUGGAUGUGGAAGGAUUUGCCUAGUGGAAAUUGGGCUGAGAUGAUGGAUUUCUGGCACUGCCACAAGCCCGAUCCCCAUGAGGGCCAUGGCCAUCAUGCUAAUGGUGCCACAGCUGAAGACCAGAAUGCUACAGUUAAGGGAUACGGUGCUGCGAAUCAGGUGGUCGCAACUGCAGGGACUGUUCUUGUGGACGUCGCAACUUUUCUGCUCACAGACUCCGACAGUAGAGGCUUGAAACAGGUAAGCACGAAUAUUUCUUCCGGUUGAUUUUCAUCUGAGAUUGUUCUUUGUUGUACCUCUUGCAUACCAUCCCUAGGUCUUUAUACUUCAACCCUACCUCAAUGCAUGACCUGGGCAAAAAAAGAAGGAGGCCAUUUCAUAAUAAUGCUUUGGUCUUCGAUACAAUUGCCCUACAACUAGUGCGUCUUGGUUUCUAUUUCAGUCAGACAUCUGUUAUAGAGUUUGAAUGGCAUCACGGCCCGGUGCAGUUAUCUUCUCCGUGAUGGAUUUCGCACUUCGCCGUGGUUGCCGUUUGGUCUUCAACGUGAUUGGCUCGAGAUCAAGAUUUCGCCUCGCUGCAUUUCUCCGUUGAUUCAGUCUGCUCACCCAAAGUCAUGGGAUCGACGUGAUUAUAACGAGGUACAUAUGGGAAAGAACUCUGGAAAUAGGUUGGAUGACUUUACCCUGAAUCAUCAUUUGAUGAUUAAGAAACAGAUAGUAAAUUAUAGUACUUCACAAAUACAAAAAUGGCUGAUCUUCAUAUA